AGCCGGGGCGGCUGCAGGCGGGACGCCGUCCCCCGCCGGGCGGACGCUGCCGGCGGCGAGGAGAGGCGAGAGCGGCGGGCUGAGGAGGGCAGAUGCGUUCCUGGCCCUGUAGAGACUCGGUUGCUUCACCUCAGACCUAUGCGACGCUGGGGGAAGGAUCAUGACUGAAGUCCUCUUCUCUGCUGCUUUGAAUGGAACUGAACCCAACCUGUUAUCCAGCAGCGGCUGGUCUGUGGGAAACGCCACCACCAAGUGCUCCCUGACCAAAACUGGCUUCCAGUUCUAUUACCUGCCCACCGUCUACAUUCUGGUCUUCAUCACUGGGUUUUUGGGCAACAGCGUGGCCAUCUGGAUGUUUGUCUUCCACAUGAGGCCGUGGAGCGGCAUCUCGGUUUACAUGUUCAACUUGGCGCUGGCCGACUUCUUGUACGUCCUGACUCUGCCUGCCCUCAUCUUUUACUACUUCAAUAAGACGGACUGGAUCUUUGGCGAUAUGAUGUGCAAGCUGCAGAGGUUCAUCUUCCACGUGAACCUGUACGGCAGCAUUCUGUUCCUCACCUGCAUCAGCGUGCACAGGUACACGGGGGUGGUGCACCCCUUGAAGUCGCUGGGGAGGCUGAAGAAGAAGAACGCUGUCUACAUCAGCACCUUGGUCUGGGUGGUGGUGGUGGCUGUGAUUUCUCCCAUACUCUUCUACUCGAGAACGGGGAUAAGGAAGAACAAAACCAUCACCUGCUACGACACCACCGCUGACGAAUACCUGAGAAGCUACUUCGUCUACAGCAUGUGCACCACCGUCUUCAUGUUCUGCAUCCCCUUCAUCCUGAUCCUGGGUUGCUAUGGGCUCAUUGUGAAGGCUUUGAUUAACAAGGACUUGGACAAUUCCCCGCUGCGGAGGAAGUCGAUUUACCUGGUGAUUAUCGUCUUGACGGUCUUUGCCGUCUCUUACCUUCCCUUCCACGUGAUGAAGACCUUAAAUCUAAGAGCCAGGGUGGAUUUUCAGACUCCACAAAUGUGUGCCUUCAACGAUAAGGUUUAUGCCACUUACCAAGUGACGAGGGGCCUGGCCAGCCUCAACAGCUGCGUCGACCCCAUCCUUUACUUCCUGGCCGGAGACACCUUCCGCAGGCGGCUUUCCAGGGCCACCAGGAAGUCGUCCCGGAGGAGCGAGCCCAACGUGCAGUCCAAAAGCGAGGACAUGACUCUCAAUAUCUUGUCAGAGUAUAAGCAGAACGGAGACACCAGUUUGUGAACAGAGGCAGGGGAAGAUUUGGGAGCAGCUUGGUGAAAUGCUCCAGGGUGAGCCAGCAGGACACUGUAGUGCUACAGGUGUGCGAGGAGAAGCUACCGCUCUCCGAGGCCUUUUGGUCGAAGCCUCGUUUGCUGCUCUGGGAGAAAGCUGAAUGCAGCCAAGCGGAAAGAAAACAAGGUGUUGAGAGGCAGCUUUCCUUCUCCUUACAAGCUCUUCACCUCUCUCUGGCUGGUGUCAGACAAAAUAAAAUGAAGUCGGUCCCCUAAAGGAAGAAAGCAACCCAAGUGCUUCUCUUUUUAACGGCUUAGUCUCCCGCGUUCAAGAAAUGCCCUCGAAUCAGCUUCUCUUUAAGCACAGGAAGUACAAAUGAGGGCGAGCAGAGUCUGCUGAGGCUCGGGCCACAACGCUAGCCCCGGGGGCUAGUCAGGAGUGUUGAAAUCGAAAGUCACGACGCCGUUAUCUCACCUUUACAUUUUUAUUCUCUCUUCAUCUACUUCUCGUGUUGGUAGUUGUUUGGUAGUUUGGGUAGCAAGUGAUGAUUCAGUCUGCUCGGAGUGCCGGUGUUGUACACAAGGUAGGCUUACUGGUGUCUGCAUGAUUACGCUUUCAGAGUGCAAUGGUUGUUCGUGGAAAAUCUGGAUUCCCACCCCCUUCCCAGGCAGCUUGGCUUCCAGGGGAGCUGCCCCCUUCAGCCCACCCCCCCGGGCAGACGGAUCGGCAGGUCCCUUGGGAGCACGUGGAGCUGCGUCUGUGGGCAGCUGCUGGUGUGCACAUGCGUGGGGAGCGAUGUGGUUCUGAGCCGCCGAUGGUCCCACCCUGCCUUCCGCACUGAGGUGCCUGGUCAGGAGGGAUGGGGGCUAAGCACACAGCGGGCUUGCUGUGGGGGCCUAGCUGCCCUUCCCCGGGGCUGGCCAACGUCCUGCUGCAGCGCCAACAGGAGCCUGGCUGGAGCUUUCCUUGGGUGAAGAGGAGAAAUGUAUGUGCUGAGUGUGACCUCACUGUUCAGACAAGUGACCUGCGCUUGCGUGGGGCACCAAGAAUGGAUCUGCUCCUGGGCUUCUUUACAGCUAGAUAACUUAGGAGUUGCUUCCCAAGAAAAUCAAGAUUAGAGUGGAUAAUAGGAACAGAUCCUAGAUGGCAUAGCUAUAUAAAACAAUUGGAGGGAUUAACCUUUUAUUCUGUACUGUGACAAAUAAAUCCCCGCGUUACCGAGCUGCUGCGCUACGGGACUAGACUCAGCCCUUCUCCGACUGCGGGAAGAGGGCAUCCAGAAUUAGCCCAGCUGGAAGAGGGCAUCCAGAAUUAGCCCAACUGCAAGCCGUGUGCGAGAGAGGAGAGCUGGCGAUCGGAGCACAGCCGAGACAGUACAUGGGCAGCCUUGGUCCUUGCUCACGUUUCCUUUGCAGCGUCCUCAGUGUUCGAAACAAGUCGGUAUGAAACGCAUGCUCUAAGCGACGCCUUCCGUGUGCCAAAACGGACUCCUGUCUAACCCCUCGAGGGUGGUUUUAGCAGCCCCUUUCCCUUCCUCCCUAGUAGAGAGUGUGAAAACAUUGCUCUUUUUACUUGCUGGUUUUUCCAGUGAUGGGUAACAAAACAGGGAUAGGCUCUAGUUGGGUGUUUUUCACUUUGGCUUCUUUUUCCCCUUGGUGGAAACAGCUUCUGUUCAAGCUCCUUAAAUCCGCAGGAUUCCCUAUUUAUUGAACUUAUUUAUUAGGAAGCUAAAUGUACACACACAAAAAAACAAACAAACAAACAAAAAAACACAAAAAGAAGAAAAAAAAAGAGUGUGGUUUCUGCGUGUUCCUGUUGAGAAUUGGGCAUUAAUGGCAAACUGAACAGCAUGUUUUUUGGUCACUGUAAUGCCGUUGUCUUCUAACACAACUUCUUUAUAAUAAACUCAAUCCCACCCUGGCUCUA